CUAAUUGAAGCCUUAAAUACAACUAGUAUUUCGUUGUAAAUUAAAGGGAUAUUUAGAUAAAGAAUAUAAUGAUAGGAUCAUCAUUAGCUUAGAUUCUGAAUAGUGCAAAAGUGCAGUUGGAGCAAGGUUGGCUAGUACGUAGAAGGAUAUAACUAUCAGAUUAAGAUGUUCCAAAUCAAUUGGAAAAGAACUUCAAUUAUAUGAAAAUCUAUGUAUUUUGACCUGAAUGAUGUAGAGAAUUAGAUGAUAGAGUUACUACUGAAAAAAUGACAAGGUGUGUAAUGAAUAAGAGAAAUAACUGGUUACAGAAUGAGAUUUUCCCUAUUAGACUAAAAAUUAAUAAAAAAAAAUGGAGGUGAAAUAAACUAUGAGGGAUGCUUUAAAUACAUCAAAUUUAUAGUAGAACAGGUGAAUGGUGAUGAAUCUUCCAGAUCUAAAUAGAUGGAGUUUUUCUGCUAUUUGAUUUUAUUACCUUUUAAGGAAAUAGAUGUACUAAAACAGUUAUUCUACCUAUGUCCUUCCUUACAUAUUCUGUCAAAUCUACUCCCUCCAUAAAAAUUAGAGAUAAUUGAGAGAAGUAUAUAGGGAAAGAAAAUAAUCAUCUCAUCAUCAUAUUAUUAAUAUUACCAUUAAUUAUUUUCUUUUUGAAUUCAUUUUUAACUGCACCUUAAUAACAUUAAUUCUUACUCCAUAAUUUAUGCAACAUUUCCACCAAAUUCCUGAAAUUAAAUAUUUAAUACAAAAGGACAAUCUGUUUUCAUCAAAUUCCACAUCCGAUUACAAAAACCAUUCUAUUUUUGUUUCUGCUCAACUUAAGAAUAAAAGAAUUAGAACUGCAAUAAAAUCAAAAUUCACUCCAUAUGUAAAUUAAAUAUAUAUGGGGUAGUUUGGUGGUUGGUUAAGGAAGAUAAAUUUAUUUAGACCUACAACCUUCCCUUCUAAGUAAAUAUCUCCUUAUUCAUUUUUAAUUCCACCCCAUAAAAGUUGA